AAGAAAGAGAGGUUGCAGGAACGGAAUCAAGAAGCUGUAAUUUCGCAGAGUGGAUUCGGGUGCAUGCAGUGCCUGUUUUCAGCCUGCAGGUGUGCAAGAAAGAGGGUAUUUGCCUGUUUUUGAUGAGAGAUAUGCCCCGUUUAGCACUUGAAGCCAUUGCUCCAUCAGCUUCACUUGAUAUGCAGAGUUCCACAGCCAAACAUCCUUCACCAGCUCUGUUCUUUUUACUUGGGGGGAUAAUCUUAUUCCUCAUUCUGCUUAUCCUGAUAAUUUUCUUCCGGGAUGUUAUCAAACCUGCACAACUGAAGAUGCUCAUUGCUCGAACGAUGAAGCGACCAGUAACAAAGGAUGUCCUGAAUGCCAAUUUUCAUACAAUAAGCUAUUUCAACUUCCAGACGUUGAAGAAGGCGACCAAGAAUUUCAAGCAGAACAAUCUGCUCGGGACGGGUGGAUUCGGGCCAGUCUACUUGGGGAAACUAGAAGAUGGAAGGUUGGUUGCGGUAAAGAAACUAUCCCUUGAUAAAUCACAGCAAGGAGAACCCGAAUUCCUUGCUGAGGUGAAGAUGAUCACAAGCAUACAGCACAAGAAUCUGGUCCGCCUUCUAGGUUGCUGCUCAGAUGGAGCUCAACGACUACUUGUGUAUGAGUACAUGAAGAAUAGGAGUUUAGACCGUAUCAUUUAUGGGAACAGCGAUGUAUUCUUAAACUGGAGCACUCGGUUCCAAAUAAUACUUGGAAUUGCUCGAGGGUUGCAGUAUCUGCACGAAGAUUCACACGUCAGAAUUGUUCACAGGGAUAUCAAAGCAAGCAACAUUCUCCUGGACGACAAAUUUCAUCCUAGGAUCGGAGACUUUGGCCUGGCUAGGUUUUUCCCUGAAGAUCAGGCUUAUCUCAGCACUAAAUUUGCUGGAACCCUAGGUUAUACUGCACCAGAAUAUGCCAUUAGAGGAGAACUGUCCGAAAAGGCCGACAUAUACAGUUUUGGAGUUUUGGUUCUUGAAAUUAUCAGCAGCAGGAAAAAUACUGACCUUACAUUACCUUCAGAAAUGCAAUACCUCCCUGAAUAUGCCUGGAAGCUAUAUGAGAGGUCUAUGUUGACUGAUCUCAUAGAUCCCAAAAUGCGAGAAAAUGGAUUUGUCGAGAAGGAUGUUCUUCAGGCAACCCAUGUAGCUUUCUUAUGCCUUCAGCCUCACGCCCAUCAAAGGCCACCGAUGUCUGAGAUCGUAGCAAUGUUAACAUGCAAGGUUGAACUGGGGGGAACGCCUACAAGACCAGCUUUCUUGGAUCGAAGGAAAAGGAAGGACGAGAAAACUUUGUGGGAUUCUAUAUCGGAGCACUUCCCGUCUCCGCUAAAGAGUGAAUCUCCUUCUCUCCCUCGGCAUCCAAAGUAAGAAUCAUUAUUCCCUUCAACAAUAGAUCGAGCAAUUUUAAAGCCAUGAUAUUUGAGAUCAUUCUUGUUGUUCAAUCCUUAGCUAACAAUAUGCAGAAACCAUUCUUUUAUUCAUGUCCUUGUUCCACAUGUGAUGAAAAGUUCUUUUGGUUCUUGUGUUGUGUAGAUGAAUAAACAUACAUGCUGAUGAUCACUUAGAUGUAUAUAUAUAUAUAUUGGUGU